AUAAAUAUAGACUACAGACUAGAAAACUGAAAUUCUCCGUCUCAUAUCCGUAAUUUUUGCGUUUAAAUUUCUAGUAUUCGUUUUGAUGUCUUUUGUAUUAUCAUGUAAUAUAGCCUUUGUGAAACAGAUAUGUGUCACUAAGUCUCCAGCUUACCAACACACUUCUAUAAAGAGCGAUAUGUCUACAUCUUAAUCCGUACGUUUAUUACUAAAGAAAAAACAAUGUGUGAAGAUGAUGCAGUUAUCGCCACGAACGAUGAUGCAGCUAUAUGUAAACGAUAUGCUGUACAUACGGGAUACUGGGUAGAUCCUCACAUUCAACAUUUCAUAAAAUCAACCUCUGAUCGUAAAGCUCCGGAGAUAAGUCGUGGUUAUUACGCUAGAGUUAUGGGUAUGAAAAUAUUGCUUGAUCAAUUUCUUACAACAACUAACUAUAACUGUCAAGUCAUAAACAUUGGAGCUGGCUUUGAUACGUUGUAUUGGAGAUUAAAGGACGAAAAUGUGACUGUUAAGAGUUUCAUAGAAAUCGAUUUGCCUCCUGUAACUUCGCGGAAAUGUUACUUAAUAAGGAAUCGAAAAAAUCUGCUGAGAAUGGUAGCUACGGAAGAUGAUGAUAUUCAAUUUUCAAGCUGUGAACUUCAUGGAGGAGAAUAUCAUUUAGUCGGUUCAGACAUCCGAAAUAUCAGUGAAUUAGAAUCAAAAUUGUUGAAUGGGCUUGUUGAUACCACUGUUCCUACUGUGUUUCUUGCAGAAUGUGUUCUUGUUUACAAUGAAGAGCAUCUCACCUCUGCUUUCUUGAAAUGGAUUGCAGAAAAAUUCCGAACUGCUCUGUUUAUCAAUUACGAGCAAGUCAAUAUGGGUGAUAAAUUUGGUAACGUCAUGAUCGAAAAUCUUAAAAAAAGGGGCUGCAAUUUAGCUGGUGUAUCGGUUUGCUCUGAUCUCGAAUCUCAACAGAAGAGAUUUACCGAUGCUGGCUGGGAAGGAGCUAAGUCAUGGGACAUGAUGGAAGUUUAUCAGCAUUUGCCCCAACAAGAUGUUGAACGUAUUGAAAGCUUAGAAUUCUUAGAUGAACAGGAACUUUUGCAGCAGCUGUUGUUGCAUUAUUGCAUAACUGUUGCUUUUAAGGGAGAAAGUUUAGAAGAUAUUGGUUUCAACUGAAUUCUAUUUUUCUUUGUGUUAAACAUUGAAGUUGUUACCGUCACCAUUGCUGAUAUAAUAGCUAUGAAUAUCAGCAUAUAGCUAAGCUUACCACGUAUGUGAUUGAAUAUGUAUUUGAUGCCAAAAAGCUAAAAGCUUAAUACUUGUAUGUAUUGCUGUGUUGAAGUAAUGGUUAAGUAUAGUGAAUUGUAAAUUUAUUUAUUUCAACAUGUGAUCCUCACACAAAUGUGAUAUGUUCUCAUCUGCUUUAUUAUUAUUCUCCCAUCCUAAAACUUCUGUUACAGUAAAUGUAUGAUUUGUUUGAAACUCAAAAUAAUUGUUUUUACAGUUCUGUUUUAGGAAUUAUUAUUAAAGUGCCAAAGUUAUUGCACUUAAUUAUCAGAUAAUAUUUUUUCUUCUGUUGAACAGUGAGUAAUUUUUUAAUCAUUUUUCUGUAGCUGUUUAGAUAUUGUGUAUUUGUAAUAUAUAAGCAUCUAUAUAUUUUAUGAAAACUAAUCUUUGAAUAUAUAUGUGUAUCUUCUUUCGUAUUCCACCUACUUGAUAGUGCAAUGUAUGUAGGUUUAAAAAGUCUUCUUUCAAGAACAACAGCUGUGGCAUAGUGGAAUUUUAAAAAAAUGUACCUGUGAAAUAAAUUGCAAAAGCUGAAAUUUUUAAAUUUCAUUGCCUAUAUGUUCAAAAGUUUUACUGUGUUAAGUGUGUGCUUUGAUUUAAUAAUAUGUAUUUUUAAGAUCAUAUGACGGAUAUGUUAUCUUAUGUAGGUUUUGAAAAGUCUGCCAUUCGGUGUAAGAAAAAUAAUUAUAACUAUGGUAGCAUAAAAUGCUGUAAAGCUGUAUUUAAAAAUUAAAAAAAAAAAAAAAAAAAAAAAAAAAACCUUAAAAUUUUUAAUAAUGAAAAGUUUUAUCUAAAC